UUCUGAAAGUCCAGGCCGGAUGUUGCCGCGGUGCGUUGUGGGUGACCUGACCCCGCAUCGUUUCCUGCUUCCCGCCGCUCCCUGCCAGGCUCAGCAGAACCGAGCCGGAACCAGCGCGCGAGCAGGGCGCCUGCGCGCGCGGGACGAUGGCGAAGACGUACGACUACCUGUUCAAGCUGCUGCUGAUCGGGGACAGCGGCGUGGGGAAGACGUGCCUCCUGUUCCGCUUCAGCGAGGACGCCUUCAACACCACCUUCAUCUCCACCAUCGGAAUCGACUUCAAAAUCCGGACGGUGGACUUGGAAGGGAAGAAGAUCAAGCUUCAGAUCUGGGACACAGCUGGUCAGGAACGCUUCAGAACCAUCACAACAGCCUAUUACAGAGGAGCUAUGGGCAUCAUGCUCGUUUAUGACAUCACCAACGAGAAGUCGUUUGACAACAUCAGGAACUGGAUACGCAACAUCGAGGAGCACGCCUCAGCAGACGUGGAGAGGAUGGUUCUGGGGAACAAGUGUGACAUGAACGACAAAAGACAAGUGUCCAAGGAGAGAGGCGAGAAGCUCGCCAUCGACUACGGCAUCAAGUUUCUGGAGACCAGCGCGAAGAGCAGCAUCAACGUGGAGGAGGCCUUCCUCACCCUCGCCAGAGACAUCAUGAGCCGCCUGAACAGGAAGAUGCAAAACGACAACCCGGCAGGUGGGGGCGGAGCCAUCCAGAUCAAAGAAUCCCGCCCCAAGAAGAGCCUGUUCAAGUGUCUGCUGCUGUAGGCGGAGCCUCCUGCAGCACCUGCCACCAUGAAGGAGCCCACUGCCCCUCCCACCGUUCUGCUGGACAGAUUCACCGGGAGGUGACGCUGGCGAGUGGGCGGGACCGGGACUGAGUGCCCGGUUCUGGUCUUUGUGCUCUGAAACUGACGUCCCCGAUCUCACCUGAAAGUCUUAACCACCUGCAAACACCGCAGCAUUACCGAACAAAGAUACGGACGCUUUUUUCUUUGGCUCCUCCCACUUCAUCUCCCCGAAAGUCGAGCAAUCAGAAGCAGGAGUGCAGGUGCUGCUUCAGAGCUGACUCCGCCUCUGAAAGGCCUGCAGACUUACCUGGAUCAGGUGCAGGAGACCCGCCCUCUGAGGCGUGAUUCAUUAGGAGAAAAACAACCUGAGGAUCAACAUUUAACGGCAGGAAAUUCUAAACUAAAAGUUUUGUUGAUUUGAAGUAGAUCUAAAGUGUCGACUGAAGCAGCACUUCAUGUUCCUGCAGAAAUCUUGGCUCAGAAACUUGAAUACUUUUGUAGGUGGAGUUAUAGUCUGACAGAAGGGGAGGAGCCUAUAACUUGAAUUUUUUUGGCUUUGUUUUCUGCCUGAAUCUGCAUGUUAAAGAAACGCCACAGAAAGUUUUUGAUCCUUUUGAUGCUUUUAUUUUAGUGGCCUUUAUUUUGAAACUUCCAGAGGAAGUUGUUGGGGUCGACCCAGAGACCCGCUGACCUUACAGCGUUCCUCUGGUUCUGGGACCUGCAGAACCUUUCACUGUGACCAAAGAGCCGUCAGGAACUAAAGUCAAAACGUAUUUAAACAUCCUUAUAGAGUUUUUAAAGAGUAUUUUUCUGUAUUAGAGUUUACAUGUUCCAUUUACAACCAUGUUCUGUCAUAAGGGCGGGAAACCUUAGCAUGGUGAAGCACUCUCCUGUCUGCAGGAGGAAACAGUCGAUGCAAAAACAACCACUUUGUUACUGAGAAGUUCUGAUCCUCCUUUCACUGAAGUUCUCUUUAUUUUUUACUUCAAAAUAAAAGCUUUUUCCUCAUUAACUUUGUUUUGACAUGAAAACUUCCAAUAAACGUCUUUUAUAUUUGA